AUGGCCGAAACUAAGCCCACUCUGGUCUUUGUCGAUGGGACCUUCCAGGAGCUCGCUGCUGAGAUGGCCGACUACCUCAAGGCCGAGGAUGCCAAGCAGCUGUUGAGCCAGGAGAACACCGUUUCUGAGGAGGAGGUUAUCUCUAAGCUGGUCUCUGCCUCCGGGGCCCUUAACACUGUCCCCGAGAAGGAGUAUACCGCCGCUUCCAACCUCAUGACCCAUUUGGUUCUGCAAUCCUCCGAGCCCAAGAAGUACCUGCCCACCCUCUGCACCACCUUCGCCAAGCCCCUCAACAACUCUCCCGUCCACGGUGCCGGCCUGUCACUCAACGCCUUGACCACCGUCUUCAACCUACUCGACCCCACCGAUCCCGUCCGCGCCCGUGUCUUUAUGGAGAUUUUGAAGUUCUUGAGGGCUCAUGCUAUGUUUGAGAGCCUGCGCACAUAUCUCGAGAAGCUACCCGAGUGGCUUGCUGCCUGGGGCACCGACGCCGAUUUCCAGCGAAAGAUUUACGAGGAGGUUGCUGAGGUUGCCCUUGAGGCUGGUGAGGAGCAGCAAGCCUACGAGUAUGUUGUUAAGGCUCUUCGAACAUUCGAGGGCGAUGCUAUCUCCACCGAGGAGGCCCAACGAUUAUCCCUCCGCGCCGUCAAGAAGGCUCUCACCUCCAACAACCACUUCAUGUUCCAGGACCUUCGCGGUAUCCCUAGCGUGCAGGCUCUUAGCGACUCACACCCCGUCUACUCGCAACUCCUCGAUAUCUUUGCGGAGCAGGACCUCGAGGACUACAACGACUUUAACGACGAGCACCAAGGCUGGGUCGAGAAGGAGAACCUGGACCACGAGAAGCUCCACCGAAAGAUGCGCCUCUUGACCUUCUGCAGCUUGGCUGCCUCCACCCCCAGCCGCGAGAUCGAGUACUCCAAGAUCACGAAGGCUCUGCAGAUUCCCGAUAACGAGAUUGAGAUGUGGGCUAUCGACGUGAUCCGUGCUGGCCUCGUCGAGGGCAAGCUCUCCCAGCAACGUCAAAAGUUCCUUGUCCACAAGGUCACAUACCGUGUCUUUGGCCAGAAGCAGUACCAGGAGUUGGCCAACCGAGUUGAUCACUGGAGAACGACUCUGCAGAACGUCCUAGGUGUCCUGCGCCAGGAGCAGGUCAACGCCAAGGCCCAGAAGGAGCGCGAGAUCCAAGAGUUGGAGCGCAAGGUCGCUAACGUCGGUAUGGGCGGCAACCAGGAUCGCCGCCGACAGAACCAGAACCGGGAACCUCGUGAGCCUCGGGAGCCCCGUGAACCUCGGGAGCCUAAGGAGCGAACGGAAGAUGACGAUUAA